AUGGACGGUAUGGAUGCGUGCUUUGCCAGAGACGGGAGCUUCGACUUCAGUACCCCCUUUCUAAGCAGUUCUGCCUCGUCCCCGUCGUACGACUCGGCAGAUCCUUUCACUCCUCGGUCCGGUCGUUCAACUCCUCCCGGGUCCUCCAUCGACAUGGGUGACUCGUUUUCAUCCAACGGCUCCUACUCUCCACACGGGUCUUUCUCGUUUGAGCCCACGCCCCCCAUGGCCAUGCCCAUUCCCAAGGGCCACUACAAGCACGGUCAUAUUGGUAUGGCCUCUUUUCACUACCCGGGCUCGAUGCCCCUGACUCCCACCCGUCAGCAACAGGGACACGGGUUUCCCGGGAUGGAACUCGACUACAACACCAUGCUGCAGUUCACGCUCGAACAGCAGUCCAUGUCCAACAUGUCGCCCUCACAACCCACCAUGAUGGGCCACUACCCGACGCAGCACGACCUCCAGUCCUCUCCUUUCGCCAUGCCCACCCCUAGCCGGUCUCUCUCCAACGCGACGCCGAACCACACCUCGGCCAUGUGGCCCUGCAACAGCGAGAGCCCCAUUGUCCUGUUCGGCUCGCACCAUACUCCUUCCCCAUCACCCACCCAGAUGACACCCACCAGGCGUGGCGGCGGCGGCGGAGACGAGUCACCAACCCUGUCACCCUCCAGCCGGUCCUACCGCCGCCGCGGACCGAUGGCCGAGGCGCAGCGGACGGCGAUGGCGCUCCAGCGCUACGUCAACGAGAAGAUGCGGCGCGAACAGCGCGACAAGGAGUUGUUGUCCAAGUACAAGGCCACCAAGCUCGAGCAACACCACGAUGCCCGCGCCGCCAAAUCGAAGCAGCAGGAGCUCGGCCAGGUGUUGACGGAUGGGAACGUCCUGGUCCCGAGUCCCCGGGAACGGUGCGACUUUGCGGGAUGCCGCAAGACGUAUCAGAAGAAGGAGCACUUGAAGAGGCACCAGAGAGCAGCCCACAGCAUCGGCGGGACGCCCGAGAUGUACGCCUGCCCGGCCGAGGGCUGCGGCAAGGUGUUCAAAGACCGGUUCGACAACUUCAAGCAGCAUCUCCGCAUCCACAAGGACGGCAAGAGCACCAGGACGCCCUACAGCGAGGAGGCGGCGCGGCUGUACGACGAGCUGCGGAAACAGAGCAGGCUGCGCAAGCGGGCGCACCGGAACGCGGCGGGAGAGGAGUGCUUCUGCUCGACUUGUUCCCUCGCUUGA